AUGCGGGGCGCCGAGUCGCCACACACCUACCGCAUGCGCCCGUCCGACGCCGGGGUGAUCGGCAAGGCCAGGGUCAUCUUCAUGAUCGGCGAUCUCGUCGAAACCUCCCUGGCCGGGGCUAUCCACAAGCUCGGCGGCAAGGCCCGGGUGGUGGAGCUGGCCGAGGUGCCGGGGCUGGUCCGCAAGCCCCUCCGCAUGGGCGGUGCGUUCGAAGACGACGGGCACGAUCAUGGACACGGCCACGGGCAUUCACAUGGACCCGGGAAAGGCCACAGCCAUGACGACGAGGCUUUCGACAUGCACGUGUGGCUUGACCCGGUGAAUGCCGGGUUGAUGGCGGUCGCUAUCGCCCGCACCCUGUCCGAGGCCGAUCCGGCCAAUGCCGCGAAGUACGAGGCCAAUGCCGGCGCGCUGGUUGCCCGGCUGGACGAGCUGAAACGCGCAACUCGCCGCGGAGCUGGCCCCGGUGAACGACAAGCCCUUUAUCGUGUUUCACGAUUCCUAUCGUUACUUCGAGGAUCGUUUCGGGCUGACAGCCGUGGGCUCGGCGGUGGUCAGCACCGGCCGGUCGCCCGGCGUCCGUCGCGUCAGAGAGCUUCGCAAAAAGAGGGAGAGGGGUUUUGA